UUUAGCGGCUACACAAGUAUGGUAGUAACGUCUGUUUAGGUCUCCAUACGAUUUUUUACACCUGCCAACAAUACGUAGAUCUACUCUAGACCACAGCUUGUCAACUUCUGAAUGUCAUUACUGAAGUAGUUCUGAACAACUUCUUUGGUGUUUGUAUCCUGUUUGUUAUCAUAUUUUCAUUUCAGACUGCAUCUCUGACCACAAGAUCACAUACUUAAUUUACUGAACAAAUACCUAUGAACUACAGCUUUGUUUUCUUGUGCUAUCGUUCAUCAUUGGGGUAAGAGCACCCUCAGACUACAAGUGCCACAUCACUGAUGGCUUUAAUACACUGAGAAAUAUAAAGCAUAUUUUAUUUGCUCUAGACAGCAAUAAAAGGCUAGAGUUUACUUCAGUAUUUAUGUGAAAAAAGGCUAUAAAUAUCCUAUAGUAGUUACUACUAUUAUUAUUUCUUUAAUAAAUACAGAAGUUUAACAAAUUUCUUAACGAGUAAUCCGAAUACGUUAAUUUUCGAUCGUAAAAUGUCAGCUUCUGAAGCAUGCAAAAAGUCUCUUGUUACCUUGGAGUCAUACCUUAGAGACGAACAUACUAAUUCAGAAACUUUGAAAUUUUCUGUUAACAGCGUACUUACAGUUGAUGGAAAGAAACCAAGUCCACUAGAGGAAGUCGAAAUUUUGGAUACCAUAGCUACGUACAUAAUGCUGAAAAACGAAGAGGAUGUGAAGUAUCGCUUGUUCUUCGAAGUCUUUCCUGUUGAUAAGGAUAUUAGCGCUGACUGUUUGUACUUCCUAAUAAAAUUAUCAUCGUUAGCUAUUUGCCUUGGGCUAUCCCCAGUACUCGAAAUUGUUUCUUUGUGGCUAAAGGUCCGAGUUUGCCAACUUUAUGCUUCCUCAGCACUACAGUCAGCUAAUUAUUUACCUUACAUUUCGUAUGAAAUUAUUGAGGAGUUCGUUACAGCGCUUACAUCCGAUAUGCUCAGUAUACAGGGAUCUCCAUUAACUUCGAAUCCAACAUUGUCGAAAAACGAUAUUAUCCAGAGUGGAGAUCCAAACAAAGACAACCCAUUAUACAUUAUCCCAUCAGUAUCACCUGCAUUCGCAGACGCAUUUUUGUCUGGAGUUUCUUUGGUUUAUGGGUUCUAUCCUUCCCUAAAAUCAUCCGUUUGCAAUUUUACUGUAACGCACGAAGCAACCAAAAUACCUCCUCCGCAGAUUAUAUUAUGUAUUUCCCACUGGUUAAGACUUUCGAGGAUUUCGAAGCAACAUCAACCUGGAACUAAUCCAUUCAGCAGCUGGACCAGUAUUGAUUGGCCAAGUGCAGCUAGACGUCAUAAGUUUCUCAACCAUCCCCGCUUUUCUAUUGAUCAGAUUUUGAUGUUUCAACCACCUCCCCCACUUUGUCUAAUAUGGUGGACUAUUUUUGAACCACUAAGACAUAUAAUGCGUUACUCUUGCAAAUCGAAACAAGAUGACAAUGGCAAGUUGAUAUCGAACUGUAUUUCAGAUCUACAUUAUGAACUUCUGCAGUGUUUGUCAGAACCUGCCAGUCUUGCUUCCCACCGUCAUGGCAGUGGAGUUCCCGGACAGUCUGGAUUUUCAACUUGGCUUCUUACAUGUUCGCGAAAAAUGGAGUAUACAAAAGAAUUUUACUAUAUGGAAUCAAUGAUUACCCAAGUUCAUGAACAGUGUAACUUGAUUAGUUCACUACCGAAAAAUGAAUCGUCAGGGGAUAAACAAAUUGACCUUUUAGAACUAAUGAUCAUUCGAUUAGCAGAAUUUAUGCAAAUCUGUUGGGUUAGUGGACGGAUACGCAAUUUAAGUUCAGUUACAGUAUCUUACUCAUACACAUUUGGUCAGAUCUUGUAUAAUUGUUGUUUUCUACUUCAUGGUAUGAUGCGGUCUAAUUUGCUUGUAUUUAAACUGCCUAUGUCUGAAAUACGCGAUUCAUAUAGUAGAAGCUGUGUUCUGGACUCAGAGUUGACCAUACGCUCUUCAUACUUCUUAAUCCGUCAUUGGUCUGAUAUAGCAUCAAGGUCAUGGGAGUCCCUGUUUUAACUGGACAAUCUAAACACGUGACAUAUUUAGCAGGCCACAGAACACAACACUUCACAAAUCCAAAUGAUUAUAGAUUACAUUCAUUCAUCACAAAUUAGAUAGUCUAACAAUCGUGCCAACUUACUGUUUAAAUGCUUGCUCACAUGCCUCUCUGGAAUGCACAACAUUCAGAUGUUGUUGUUCUUCAUUUUCAUAUCGUCUCAUUUCCUCUUCACUUUUUCUUUGUAAAACUUUUGCUCUUAACCAGUUUGAUAAUUUCUGAUCACGUGAUUUUUUAUCUGCAAUCUAAUUUUCAUGGAAAUUUAGACGAGUUUUGUGUAAGAAUAUAUUCAUUUUAAGGGUUUCCCUAUUUAUUUUUUCAAAUAUAUAUUGUACUACAUUUAUUGUUAUCAGAAUCAAACCUACUUCUUUUUUUCGAAUAUGUUCUCUUUUGUGUUUUUCCCUCUCCUCCACCUUAACUUCCAUGUAUUCCUGAUAUUUAAGUCGGUGCCACACCUUUAUGAAUUCAGAAAAUCAGUAGUGUAUUUUAAAAACAGUUUCUUUGUUUAAAUAUACCAUUUUCAAAAAAAA